AUGGCGGUUUACUACUUGCAGACGCAAUCCGCCUUUGCCGACGCGAUACGACACUGCGAAACUGGCCGCAUUGUCGAGACAGGCCGAGUAGGAGUCUGCGGCGAGCGCUUCGAUUACGUGGAGAUGUUCUCCAACCCGUCAUGGCGAGCCGCGCUUACCACAGGCCUUGCCGAGAAGCUGAUUGCCUUCAAUCGCAACAUCGUUCUCGUCGGAGUCCAGAACGAGAGAUCAGUCGGAGAUCAAGGACGUGUCACGUACGAAUUCGUGGUUAUAAGCAUCUGGGAUCUGGACGAGCAGAGACGGUGGUCUUUUGAGCAGACCAGACGUCAGCUUGCCGCAUGGGGGCUUCAAACUCCUCGUUUGCUUGGGCAAUCAUCCCUCUGGGACAUCGGCGCCGGUACUGCGAAGGCUGCAUAUGGCCAUACCAGUCCCGUUGGCUUGGUCUUCGAGAGCUUGGACGGAGGCAUCGUCUUUGGUCAGGAUUGA